AUGAUCGCUGUUGAGGAGUGGAGUCCAGAAGAGGUUUCUGUAUGGAUGAGGCAUAUUGGAUUUCCACAGUAUGCCCAGACCUUUUUAGAAAAUUCAGUGUCCGGACUGGACCUUCUGGAGCUAAGCGAUUCCCUUUUGGAGUGGCUGGGAGUCCGAGAUCUCGGUCAUCGCCUCAGCGUUUUCCACCGACUGGAGGAGCUUGUGGAGAACGCGUACCUCGGCCAGCAGCCUCACGAUGACCAGCCGGUCGUGACGCGGGACGCCACGUACGCCAGCUACACAGUUUGUUCAGAGGAGGGGGGGACAGUGAAAGAGAGAGAAGAGUUGUUGGAGGAGCAACAGGAAGAGGAAGUUAAAAUGUUUCGGAAAAAAGCGUCAUCCUCGCUGAGAAUGGGGAGAAUAACAGAAAGCAAUAGAUGGGCCGUGGACCGUGGCCGGAGCUCCUCCUUCCACGAGGUGGUCGGCGCACGGGAGCCAGAGAUGAGGUCGGCGGCCUCUGUUUCCGAGGAGACGUCCGGCGGCGGAGGUGGAAGCGGCGGCAGCAGCACUGUGUUACAGCGCCUCCUACAGGAGCAGAUGGGCCGCAACUACCUCGCCCUUCAGCAGCAGCAGCAGCAGCAGCAGCAACAACAACAACAACAACAACAACAGCAACUUCAUCAGCAACAGCAAUCUCAGCAACAGCAAGCACAGCAACAAGGGUACCCUGGUCCUGGGGGCCCUGUUGAGGAUCAUUCGAUGGUUUCUCACAUUGCACGUCAAGAGCCACAGGGCCAGGAGUUACAGGCGGACGGAGGGAUGGAGAAGCAGCUAAAUACUCGCGGAGGUGGCGGCGGGGGGUCUGGGGGGGGCACCGGACAGGGCGGGCCCUGUAUUGGCGGCCAGGGCGGGUUGGGCCCUGAAGACUUGCCCACUUACGAGGAAGCCAAAGUCCAGUCGCAGUACUUCCGUGGGCAACCUCCCCCGCAACCCCAACUCCCUGCCUCAGUGGGCGCAGCUUUCUACGUGACUGGAGUAAGCAAUUCCAAGGUGCGUCCUCCAGAGGGGAGAGCCACGGUGCAAAGGGUCAGCGGGGGGAAAGUGCAUCAGGACGACGGGCUGAAAGACUUGAAACAGGGCCACGUGCGGUCCCUCAGCGAACGGCUGAUGCAGCUGUCGUUGGCAACGAGCGGCGUCAAAGCCCACGCGCCAGUCACUAGCGCCCCACUCUCACCUCAGUUGCCUCCUCCGGGACCUCCAGGGGACUACUACAAACCUACAGGGCCACAACACAGGGGCCCUCCACCAGACUACCCUUUUAAAAGUAUGGCCUCUCCACCCAGACAGCAGCAGCCAACGCAGCAACAGCACCAGGAGCCUGGGCAUUACUUCUCUGACCACCGGGCAGCUGGGCCGCAGACCCGCAAUGAGAUGCCCCAUGUGCGCUACCAGCCUCCACCCGAGUAUGGCUCCUUCCGCUCCAGUAAGGAUGGUUCCGGACACUCUCAGAGACCUGUCCAUCAGCAUAGCCCCACCUCUUCAGUCACUUCUGUGGGCUCUCUGUCCCGUGCUCAGUCCUCUGCUCUCAGCGCCAUCCUAGCCUCCUCACACCCUCCCCUGCCCAUGCCUCAUCCAGCCGAGCCCCAUUACCCCAUGGGUCCCCGGGGCUCGCAAGGGCCAGGAUCCCACCAGGGUGACCCUUACGGCCCUGGCCCCGGCCAUCCACCCCCUCAACGUGGCCAUGGCUUCCCCCAUGACCCUUAUGGAUCGGCCCCCAGGGGUCUCCAUGUGCACCAUCCCCAAAUGCAAGGUCCAGGGCAGCAUUACCCGCACCCCCAUUCUGUACAGGGCGAUCCGUAUGCCAUGUUGGCACGCUCCCAACAGAUGAUUGACAUGUUGACAGAGGAGAACCGCCGGCUCAAGCAGGACUUGGAAGUUUCCGGAGAGAAGGUCUCCAGGCUCCAGAAGCUGGAGACAGAGAUCCAGAUGGUGUCUGAAGCCUACGAGAACCUCGCCAAGUCCUCCUCCAAGAGAGAAGCUCUGGAGAAAACCAUGAGGAACAAGCUGGAACUGGAGGUGCGGCGGCUUCACGAUUUCAACAGGGACCUACGAGAGAGGAUGGAGACUGCCAACAAGCAGCUGGCAGCGAAAGAGUGCGAGGGGACGGAAGACAACCGGAAAACCAUCUCCCAGCUUCUCGCUCAGAAUAAAGAGACCCAGCGAGAGAAGGAGAAGCUUGAGAUGGAACUCAACGCCCUCCGUUCGACCAAUGAGGACCAGCGACGACACAUCGAGAUCCGCGACCAGGCCCUUAACAACGCUCAGGCCAAAGUCGUCAAACUAGAGGAAGAGCUGAAGAAGAAACAGGUCUAUGUGGAGAAGGUGGAGCGGAUGCAGCAGGCUCUGACCCAGCUGCAGGCUGCCUGCGAGAAGAGAGAGCAGUUGGAGCAUAGACUACGCACUCGACUGGAGAGAGAACUGGAGUCCCUCCGCAUGCAACAGCGGCAGGGGGGUUCCCAGAACACAGUGGGGCCAGAGUACAGCACCACGGCGCUGAUGGAGCACCUGAGGGAGAAGGAGGAGCGGAUCCUGGCCCUGGAGGCCGACAUGACCAAAUGGGAGCAGAAAUACCUGGAGGAGAGUGUCAUGAGACAGUUCGCUCUGGACGCCGCCGCGUCUGUGGCUACACAGAGGGAUACAUCGUCCGCCAUUAGUCACUCUCCCAGCAGCAGCUAUGACACGUCAGUGGAGGCGCGCAUUCAGAAAGAGGAGGAGGAGAUACUCAUGGCAAACCGACGCUGCCUGGACAUGGAGAGCAGGAUAAAGAACCUCCAUGCCCAGAUCAUUGAAAAGGACGCCAUGAUCAAAGUGCUGCACCAGCGCUCGCGCAAAGAGCCCAACAAAUCAGACGGCCCCUCCGCCAUGAGGCCCUCCAAGUCGCUCAUGUCCAUCGCCACGGGGACCGGGGGCACGGGCACCAUGGGGAGUUCCGGCCUGCUCGGUCACUCCCUGGGCCUCGGCGGGAGCCCCAUCACGGAGGAGAGACGGGAGGACCGCAGUUGGAAAGGCAGCCUGGGAGUUCUGCUGGGCCCAGAAUUCCGCACCGAUUCGCUCAGAACAGAGUCCAUCUCCUCUUCUCCUUCCCCUGUGCUGCCGUCCACGCCCAUGCCCGCCACCGCCCACUCCAAGACGGGCAGCCGGGACAGCUGCACCCAGACGGAGAAGGGCCAGGAGACCAGUAAACCCAGUACGCCAGCUCUGACCAGCGUGACUGCUGUAUCCACGGCAACAGCCCAGACGCCCGUAACCAGUCGAAUCACCAGCCCUAGUCCUGUCUACAUACCAGACCGCAUCGCAGAUGUCCCGGCGUUCCACACGAGCACGUUAGAGCGGAGAGCUCCGGUCCAGUCUCUCCCGCAGUCCCUCGCUCAACAAGACGUGGACAACGAGAUGGUGGAGAUCCUUAUCUGA